ACUUACCUACAUGUAAAGGGGUACACGACAUCAAAACAAUUUCGUGAAGAACUAAAAAACAGUUUUCCUAAUAAUUUAACAUAAACAACUACCAUAAAAUGGCUGGAAUCACUGAUCCACUUUUGAUUGAUAUCUCCAAUGCAUUUUAUACUGGAAAUUAUCAACAAUGUAUCAAUUUAUCGGAGAAAAUUAAGAAACCAAGUUUAGAAAAAGACAUCUUCAUGUAUCGUUCUUAUCUUGCUACUAACCGCUAUCGAGUUGUACUUGAUGAAGUUCCAUCUUCAGGCGAAUUACUUCCAAUACGUUUCUUUGCUGAUUAUUUGCUUAACAAAAACAAAUUCGCCGAUUUAAUCGAAAUUCUUGAAAAGAAAAUUCAAAGUGAUGACGAUUGUCACAUAAUCUAUCGUGUUAUUGCAGCAAUCAUGUAUAUACAUGAAAAUCAAUAUGAAGAAGCUCUAAGAAUCUUAAAUGGCACAACUGAUUUGGAAUGUCAAGCCAUUCAAGUUUAUAUUUUUCUUCGUAUCAGUCGAUUGGAUCUCGCUAAAAAGAUUCUUGCAUCAAUGACUGAGAAAAAUGAUGACGAUACUUUGACUCAGCUGGCACAGGCUUGGUUCAAUUUAGAGCUUGGAGGUGAGAAACUUCAAGACGCUCAUUACAUCUUCGACGACUUCAAAGAUAAAUUCGCUCCAUCGGUGUUGCUUUUGAAUAAUCUCGCGGUUUGUGCACUUGGUCAACAAAAGUUUGAUGAAGAUACCAAUGGAUAUUUACGUGAUGGCCUUGAUAAAGAAUCCAAUAAUUACGAUCUUCUCGUAAACUUCAUUUUCUACUCUCAACAAACCGACAAAAAUGCUGAACAAGUCAUCAAUCGCUAUUUGUCAAUGUUAAGAGAAACUUGUAAGAACAGUGAAUUGGUCGAAGAAUUAGCAAAGAAAGAAACUGAAUUCGAUCGUUUGUGUCAGAAUUAUUCAUUUCAAGAAGCUGAGAAAAUAACUUCAUAAAUUCCAAAUAUAUUUUAUUAAUUAAAUCUUUUAACGUGCUAAGCAACAUGAAUAAAAAUGAACAUUCUUUAAUAUCUCAAGAUUUUUUGUUUACAUUUCUUAUUUCAAUGAACUUUCAUUUUUCUUAUACUUUCGUGAGUUGGAAAAAUCAGAUGGAAGAUUAUCGAGAAGUUCAAUUAAAAGUUUUAUUAAAUAAUUAGUUCAAUGUUUAAUCUCACCAUGAAAUUGCAAAU